AGCUAUUUUAGCUACCAAAGUCAUUAAAAUUGAUUUUCACAUCUUGUUAAUUAUGAGGGUAUGGAAGUAAUUUUUGUUGUUGUUCAUUUCCAGCUUACAAAACACUACACAGUGAAAUAAUGGUCUGCUAGACUACUACCCAAGCGUCCAGCUUCCAUAAUGCCCGUGCAGGCAGCUCAGUGGACAGAGUUUCUGUCCUGCCCAAUCUGCUACAAUGAAUUUGAUGAGAACGUACACAAGCCCAUCAGUUUAGGAUGCUCGCACACCGUCUGUAAGACCUGCCUGAAUAAACUUCAUCGCAAGGCAUGCCCUUUUGACCAAACUGCCAUCAACACAGACAUUGAUGUGCUUCCUGUAAACUUUGCACUUCUUCAGUUAGUUGGAGCCCAGGUACCAGAUCAUCAAACAGUAAAAUUAAGUAACCUGGGAGAGAAUAAACACUAUGAGGUGGCAAAGAAAUGUGUUGAGGAUUUGGCACUCUACUUAAAACCACUAAGUGGCGGAAAGGGUGUUGCCAGUUUGAAUCAGAGCGCACUGAGCCGUCCGAUGCAGAGGAAACUGGUGACCCUGGUGAACUGUCAGUUGGUAGAGGAAGAAGGUCGCGUAAGAGCCAUGCGAGCAGCACGCUCCCUCGGAGAGAGAACUGUAACAGAACUGAUUUUACAGCACCAGAACCCUCAGCAGCUGUCUGCCAAUCUGUGGGCUGCCGUUAGGGCUCGAGGAUGCCAGUUUCUAGGGCCAGCUAUGCAAGAAGAGGCCUUGAAGCUGGUGCUACUAGCACUGGAAGAUGGUUCUGCUCUCUCACGGAAAGUUUUGGUACUUUUUGUUGUGCAAAGGCUAGAACCAAGAUUUCCACAGGCAUCAAAAACAAGCAUUGGUCAUGUUGUGCAACUACUGUAUCGUGCUUCAUGUUUUAAGGUUACCAAAAGGGAUGAAGACUCUUCUCUGAUGCAGCUGAAAGAGGAAUUUCGUAGUUACGAGGCUUUGCGCAGAGAGCAUGAUGCACAAAUUGUUCACAUUGCUAUGGAAGCAGGACUUCGUAUAUCACCUGAGCAAUGGUCUUCCCUUCUUUAUGGUGAUUUGGCCCAUAAGUCACACAUGCAAUCCAUCAUUGACAAGCUCCAGUCUCCAGAAUCAUUUGCAAAGAGUGUCCAGGAGUUGACAAUUGUCUUGCAGCGUACAGGCGAUCCAGCUAAUCUGAAUAGACUGAGGCCUCAUCUAGAGCUUCUUGCAAACAUAGAUCCCAAUCCAGACGCUGUCUCUCCAACCUGGGAACAGCUAGAAAAUGCAAUGGUAGCUGUCAAAACAGUUGUGCAUGGGCUAGUAGAUUUUAUACAGAAUUACAGUAGAAAAGGCCACGAAGCACCACAGCCUCAGCCAAAUAGCAAAUACAAAACGAGUAUGUGCCGAGAUCUACGCCAGCAGGGAGGGUGUCCUCGCGGAACAAAUUGUACAUUUGCUCAUUCUCAGGAAGAGCUUGAAAAAUAUCGAUUAAGGAACAAAAAGAUCAGUGCGACUGUGAGAACAUUUCCUCUCUUAAAUAAAGUUGGUGUGAACAGCACCGUCACCACAACAGCUGCAAAUGUCAUCCCUGUCAUAGGAAGUACAGAAACCUCGGGGAAAAUCGUCCCAAGUACAAAUGGAAUUUCAAGUACCGAGAGUGGCGUCUCCCAGUUAAUCCCCCGUGGCACUGACACCACCCUUAGAGCUUUGGAGAAUGUGAAGAAAGUAGGAAAAGUUGGAGCAAAUGGUCAGGGUGUCUCUGGGUCUCCUACAGAAUCUGUUCCUGAAAAUAAAAUUGGUUCUCCCCCCAAGACUCCUGUAAGUAAUGUAGCAGCUACCUCAGCCGGGCCCCCGAGUGUUGGAACAGAGAUGAGUUCUGUACCUCCAAAGUCGAGCCCUUUUAUAACCAGACUACCAGUGUAUCCUCAACAUUCUGAAAACAUUCAUUAUUUUCAAGAUCCAAGGACCCAGAUAUCCUUUGAAGUCCCCCAGUACCCCCAGACAGGAUACUACCCACCACCUCCAACGGUACCAGCUGGUGUGGCUCCCUGUGUUCCUCGCUUUGUGAGGUCCAAUAAUGUUCCAGAAUCCUCCCUCCCACCUGCUUCCGUGCCAUAUGCCGAUCAUUACAGUACAUUUCCCCCUCGAGAUCGAGUGAAUUCUUCUCCUUACCAACCUCCUCCUCCGCAGCCGUAUGGACCGGUUCCCCCAGUACCUUCUGGAAUGUACGCUCCCGUGUACGACAGCAGACGCAUCUGGCGUCCACCGAUGUAUCAACGCGAUGACAUUAUUAGGAGCAAUUCUUUACCACCAAUGGAUGUGCUGCAUUCGUCUGUCUAUCAGACGUCAUUGCGGGAGAGAUAUAACUCUUUGGAUGGAUAUUAUUCCGUGGCUUGUCAGCCACCAAGCGAGCCGAGGACAGCUGUGCCUUUGCCGAGGGAAUCCUGUAGCCACUUAAAGACCGGUUAUGAUGAGCAGUUAAGACGGAAACCAGAGCAGUGGACCCAGUACCACACUCAGAAAGCACCUCUUGUUUCAUCGGCUCUCCCUAUGGCCACUCAGUCUCCAACACCACCUUCUCCUCUCUUCAGUGUAGACUUUCGCACAGAGUUCUCUGAGAACGUAAGUGAUUUGCGUGGUACUAAAUUUGAGGAAGAUCAUCUUUCCCAUUAUUCACCCUGGUCCUGUGGAACUAUCGGCUCCUGUAUGAAUGCCAUUGAUUCAGAGCCCAAGGAUGUAAUUGCCAAUUCAAAUGCUGUGCUAAUGGACCUGGACAGUGGAGAUAUGAAGAGAAGAGUGCAUUUAUUUGAAACUCAGAGAAGGGCAAAAGAGGAAGACCCUAUUAUCCCCUUCAGUGACGGGCCCAUCAUCUCUAAAUGGGGUGCCAUUUCCAGGUCAUCCCGCACAGGUUACCACACCACAGACCCUAUUCAGGCCACUGCUUCCCAAGGAAGUACAACUAAGCCCAUCAGUGUCUCAGAUUAUGUCCCGUAUGUCAAUGCUGUUGAUUCAAGGUGGAGUUCUUAUGGAGCCGAUUCCACUUCGUCAGCCCACUAUAUUGAACGGGAAAGAUUUAUAAUUACUGAUUUAUCUGGUCAGAGAAAGCAUUCCAGUACUGGAGAUCUGCUGAGCGUUGAACUUCAGCAGGCAAAGAGUAAUUCACUGCUACUUCAGAGGGAGGCCAAUGCAUUAGCUAUGCAGCAGAAGUGGAAUUCCUUGGAUGAAGGUGGACACCUUGCUUUAAAUCUCCUAAACAAGGAAAUCGAAUUGAGAAAUGGCGAGGCUGACUAUUCAGAAGAUGCCACCGAUACUAAACCUGAUCGAGAUAUUGAAUUAGAACUCUCAGCACUUGAUACCGAUGAACCUGAUGGACAAGGUGAACAAAUAGAAGAGAUUCUGGAUAUUCACCUUGGUAUCAGUUCUCAAAAUGAUCAACUCCUGAAUGGAACGUCUUUGGAAAAUGGACACCCGCUUAAGCAGCACCAAAAAGAACCCAUGGAGAAGAAGAGACAAAGUUUAGGUGAAGAUCAUGUGAUUCUGGAGGAGCCAAAAGCAAUCCUGCCGGUAGCGGCCUGCUUCAGACAGCCAACCCCGGCGCCCACGAGCAGUGCAGGUUGCCUGCCCGUCGCCACGUCGGUCAGCGUUGGCAGCCUCGUUCUGAAAACCGCUCACGUCACGUCCGAAGACAGAAGUGACUUUUUCAAGCCUGUUGCAAAUGGCAAGAUGGUUAACAGCUGAAAGUUCGGCUUACAAGCUGGUGACCAACCCCAAGAAAGCAUUUACACUAGCUUUUUAUAUAUAUAAUAUAUAUUAUAUAAUGUAUAUUUUUUUUAAAAAAAAUAAUACCGGGGGCAUCCAUUUCCUGUGGACUCUUUGAUACUUCAAGCCCUCUUGCAUUAGCAUUCUGACGAAAUGAAUUUACUUUACUAGGGUAACACGUUCACUUUCCAGAAGUGAUUGGAAUUUGGACGACGUUUUACUUAAGCUUAAAGCAGCUUUUUAUGAGUUUGUAGCAAUCCGGUGCAGUAACUGAGCCAUUCCUGUUUAAAAUGGCUUGUGUAGAAAAUUAACAACUCAGUUAUUAAACUAGCAGGAUCCUACAAUGA